UCCCCCUCCCCUCCCUGAAAAUCCGAAACGAAAGUGAAGUGUCACUGAUGUUUCCCAACGACACUUGUCCGUCAGUUGGAGCGGUUGAGAUUCUGCUCCUGGUUCGAGCUCAUUUGUCGGUUUUGUAAGGAACCGAAAGACCAGAACUUCACUUUUGUUUUCACGGUUUAAAGAGAAACCAGAGGAAGCAACAUGGCAGGAAACACUGAAAUCGACGAGGGAUUUUACUCCCGUCAGCUGUACGUUCUGGGUCACGAGGCGAUGCGGCGGAUGGGGACAGCCAGCGUGCUGAUAGCCGGGAUGAAGGGUCUGGGAGUGGAGAUCGCCAAAAAUGUCAUCCUGUCCGGAGUGAAGUCUGUCACCGUGCAGGAUGGAGACCCGGCUGUGUGGUCCGACCUGUCCUCACAGUUUUACUUGGGGGAGUCCCACCUGGGUCAGAACCGGGCCACAUGUUCCCUCCAGCAGCUGUCCUCCUUGAACCCACAUGUUCGAGUGUCAGCACACACCAGACCUCUGGAUGAAGACCUGCUUCUGCAGUUUCAGAUUGUAGUUCUGACAGAUUCCCCACUGGAUGAUCAGAAGCGUUUUGGUCAGCUCUGCCAUUCUCAAGGGAUCAAGCUGAUAGUGGUCGAUACCAAAGGACUCUGCGGCCAGCUGUUCUGUGACUUCGGGGAGAAGUUUGAAGUCUUGGAGCGCGAUGGAGAGAUGCCUGCAUCCCUGAUGAUAGAGCGGAUCACUAAGGAAAACCCCGGACGUGUCAUCUGGACCGAUGACCAGAAACACGGACUCUCCAACGGCUGUAAAGUCAUCUUCUCUGACGUUCAGGGCAUGACGGAGCUCAACAGUAUCGGCCCGGUGGAGAUCAAAGUCUGCGACCAGUACUCCUUCAGCAUCUGUGACACCUCAUCCUUCUCUGAGUACCAACGUGGGGGCGUGGUGACGGAGGUUAAACAGCCGUUCCAGCUACACUUUAAACCACUGAGUGAAGCGCUGCACGAUCGUGAGCUCCUGAUACUCAACGACUAUGGGAAAGUAUCACGUCACCACACUCUGCACCUGGCCUUCCAAGCCCUGCACGAGUUUGUGAAGACCAAGCAGCGGCUCCCCCACUCUUGGUGUCAGGCAGAUGCUGACUGUUUGCUUAAAAUGGUGAGGGAGCUGAAUACUGAGGCAAAAGUGGAGCAGCUGGACGAGGCCGCCGUGCAGCUACUGUCCUGCACGGCGCGGGGCGAUUUGGCUCCUAUCAACGCUUUCUUUGGAGGCCUGGCUGCUCAGGAGGUCAUCAAGGCUUGCAGCAGGAAGUUCACUCCUCUUCAGCAGUGGAUGUACUUUGAUGCACUGGAGUGUCUGCCUGAAGACGAGGAUCGACGACUAGCAGAGUGUUCCGUUACAUCCACGGGCACGUGGUACGAUGGACAGACUGCUGUCUUUGGCUCGUCCUUCCAGAAGAAGCUUGGGGAGCAGAAGUAUUUUCUGGUUGGCGCUGGCGCUAUCGGCUGUGAGCUGCUGAAAAACUUUGCUCUCAUGGGGCUGGGUGCAGGAGAGGGGGGACACAUCACUGUGACAGACAUGGACUACAUCGAAAGAUCCAACUUAAACCGCCAGUUCCUGUUCAGGUCUCACGAUAUUGGGAAGCCCAAGUCGGAGGUUGCAGCCAAAGCGGUGUGUCAGAUGAACCCGCAGAUGAAAAUCACCUCUCAUCAAAACCGUCUGGACGCUGACAGCGAGGCCUUGUACGACUACAGCUUCUUCAAGGGCCUGGAUGGAGUGGCUGCAGCUCUCGAUAAUGUGGAAGCCAGGGUCUAUCUGGACGGCCGCUGUGUUCUUCACCAAAAGCCGAUGCUGGAGGGAGGAACUCUAGGAAGCAAGGGCCACACUCUGGUGGUGGUACCCCACCUGACGGAGUCCUAUGGACCGGCCAAAUCCAGUUCUAGCAACGCCAUUCCACUGUGCACCCUCAAGAACUUCCCUCACCGAAUCGAACACACGCUGCAGUGGGCGAGGGACCAGUUUGAAGGACUGUUUAAACAAACACCUGAAAAUGUGAAUCUUUUCCUGAGCGACCCGAUGUUUGUAGAGCGGACACUGAGCCAUGGAGACGUCGAGGCCCUGGAGACACUUGGAGCGGUGUGGACGGGCCUGCAGGACACGGACGCUGGAGGACAGCGUCCAAAGAGCUGGGAGGACUGCGUCCGCUGGGCGCGCUGCAAGUGGGAGACGCUCUACAACAAUGAAAUCCGCCAGCUUCUUCACUGUUUUCCUUCUGAUGAGGUGACCUCUAACGGUCUACCCUUUUGGUCUGGAUCCAAGAGAUGCCCUCACCCGCUGACUUUUGACCCCGACAACAGUACUCACAUAGCAUACGUGAUGGCAGCAGCUAACCUCUACGGCCAAACCUACGGGAUCAAAGGAACAAGAGACGUCGGCUCCAUCAAGCAAAUCGUGGAGAAAGUUCAAACGCCGUCUUUCACUCCCAAAUCGUCUGUGAAAAUUCAUCUUACCGACAAGGAAAUGGAGGAGGACAAACAAAAGGAGAGCGGCGAUGCUGAAAAAGCCCAGCUGGAGGAGCUGAAAGGGAAGUUGCCAUCCCUGAAAAACUCUGCUCAGAUGCACUCCAUUGACUUUGAGAAGGAUGAUGACAGCAACUUCCACAUGGACUUCAUUGUUGCAGCGUCCAACCUGAGAGCAGAGAACUACGACAUCCCUGCAGCUGAUCGCCACCAGAGUAAGCGCAUCGCUGGGAGGAUCAUCCCCGCCAUCGCCACAACCACCGCCGCCGUGGCGGGCCUGAUGUGCCUGGAGCUGUACAAACUGGUCCAGGGCCACAAGAAGAUGGAGUCGUACCGCACAGGUUUCCUGAACCUGGCCGUGCAGAACUUCGUCCUGUCGCAGCCGAGCCGCCCUCAGGACUUCCAAGUCGCAGGAAAGAAAUACACCCUCUGGGAUGACUUCCUGGUUGAAGGCAGACGCAGCGAUCAGCAGGAAAUGACCUUGGAAGAUAUGCUGCGGUAUAUUAAGGAAAAAUACAGCUUAACGGUCAGCGGUCUCUUCUACGGUCCUGCAGUCUUGUACCUCGGACAGGAAGAGAGGCUAAAGAAAAGUGUUUCUGACGUGGUGAAGAUGGUGACGAAGAAGGACAUUCCUCCUCAUCAGAAGAUGCUGGAGCUUAUCCCCUCUUUUGAGGAAGACGAGGACUGUGAGACGGUUCCGCCCAUCCGGUACCUGCUGCCAUGACCCGGUGAAGCCCAGAGAACAAUGUGGAGGAGCUCCAGAACAACCAAGAAAUGACCUGAAAGAUGUCUGCCAUCGACGUUUAUUAUUUAAAUCUUUAUGGUUUGUGUUUAACGUUCAAUUCCCCCGCACCACACAUGCUGUCCUGGAUUUGUUCGGCUUAAAGCACAUUUACUCACAUUAACACGUUAACCUGCUUUACUCUCCAGGCUGACGGCUUGAUUUCUGUUUUCUAAGUCAUCUCUGCCAUAAAUGUUCUUAAAAAUGUUGUUGCAGAUUUAUUGACAGUUGAAAAGUAUUUAAAAAUUGUAUUUUUUCUUUUGUUAUGGAAGAUGAUGUCUUCCUGUGCUUCACUACAAUAAAAUCCGUUCUUCCGUC